AUGUGGUGGGCGGCGAGGCGCGGCUGCGGGCGUGGUGGUGGGCGACGGGCGGCGGGGGCGCGGCUGCUGGGCGUGGUGGUGGGCGACGGGCGGCGAGGCGCGUCUACAGGCGGCGGGGCGAGGCGGGCGCGACGCGGCGAGGUGAGCGGGGCGAGGGCGAGGCAGGGGCGGGGCGAGGCGCGGCGCGGCGGCUGCGGGGCUGAGCAGGGUGAGGGCGAGGCGGGGCGCGGCCGGGGCGUGGCGGCGGCAGGCAGGGGCGCGCGUGGCGCCGGGCGCGACGGGGCGCGCGCGGCAGCAGGUGACAGGCGGGGGCGCGCGCGGCGGGGGGCGAGGGCUGCAGCUGCGGGCUGGCGCGGCGAGCAGCGCGAGCGGGCGUGGCGGGCUGCUGCAGGGUGCGGACGCGCGGGCAUGGCGAGCGCGCGGUGGUGA